AUGGAAAUGACACCGAUGAUGCUCGUGCCUAUCUUAAGGAAGUACAAGUGCCAUUGGGCGCACUGUGGAAAGGUCAACAUCACCCUCUCUCCAACCACGCAAGUUAAAACUCACAAGAAAACCUCACAGUCCUUCAAUCGCAAGUCUGACCUCUGCCGACAUCACCGCAUCCACACCAACGAACGUCCGUACCACUGCGCCGUCAAAGGCUGCAACAAGAGCUUCGUCCAGCGCAGCGCGCUGACCGUCCACUUCCGCACACACACUGGCGAACGCCCACACGUCUGCAACUUUCCCGGUUGCGAGAAGGCCUUCUCAGACCCCGCCAUCGGCGCACCCACACAGGGACCAAACUGUUCAAGUGUCCCGAGAGAACGUGUCACAAGAGGUAGAACGCACCUCCCGUUACGGCAGGAUGAAGAUCAAAGACUAAAUGAUACCCACCCGGGGGUUUGCGUGGAUAGCUACUCCCGCAGAGAAACGUUAGCGAAUCAUCUACACCGCCAUCAUCCGGCCAUCAUGGCGCAUCCGCAAAUCCAUACACAUACCCGAGAAGACGCAGUUUUUACAGAAUCUCCAUCUGCAUACGAGAGUAUACUGCCUCUGGCGGCUAGCGGGACCGUCGUCCCCGCGUUCUACAUGCAGCAUGACCUUCCUGUGAGCUACGCGCCGAUACAACAGAGUAUACCGCUCCCAUCUGCCGUUCCCAUCAUGGCAAUGAAUGAGAUGCAGUACUCGCCCUUUAGCGAGCAUUCUAUACAGCAGUUUCACAGCCAAGGGCUCGGAGGAUUUUGCUAUGCAGGCUUUGUCCCGAUCACCGAGGAUCAGAGUUCGGGCACGGGGCUGAGCAAUGGUUAUGAGUUCCCUAGGUGA